UAAAUCAUACGAGUUUCAUCCCAAAGUUUCUCAUCACAAAAUCUUGAAAGCAAAUCAAGCAUUUCCCAAUCCCUUUGUAUAAUCAAAUAAAAUUUUGUCCAUGGCCAAGAAACCUAGCAUGGGUCGUCAAAAAAUCAAAAUCGCUAAAAUAGAGAUAAAAAAUCACCUACAAGUUACGUUCUCCAAACGACGAUCAGGGCUCUUCAAGAAGGCUAGUGAACUUUGUACGCUUUGCGGGGUUGAGAUUGCCAUUGUAGUCUUCUCUCCGGCUGGAAAAGUGUUCUCUUUUGGUCACCCUAAUGUCGAGCCCAUAAUUGAAAGAUUUAUUGCCAGAAAUCCUUCUCCAAAUCCUAAUUCAUUCCACAUUCUUGAGGCUCAUAGGAAUGCCAGUGUUUGUGAACUCAAUUUGCAACUGGGACAAAUUCUUAAUGAGUUAGAAAUUACAAAAAAAAGAGGUGAGACAUUGGAUCAUAUGAGAAAAAAUAGCCACAACCAUUAUGGGUGGGAAGGCUCUUUCAAUAAACUAGGGCUACACGAACUUAAACAGUUAAGGGAUGCCAUGGAGGAGUUGAAGAAAACUGUGACUACUCAGGCUACUAAGUUCAUGUCAGUAGUGACUAAUCCGUCUUCAUAUUUUGUGUCGACUGGCACCGGAAUUUUCGAUCAAUACGAGAGUAAACCAACUAAUCCCGUGUUUGUGGGUCCUGUUAACAAUAAUUUUGGAUAUUGUCAUGGAUUCUUCUGA